UGAGCCGCUCAGUGUAAACAGCAGCACCCUCCGCAGCAGCAGCAUGGUGACAGUGACACCUGUAGAAGAGUUCCUGGAGAAUCCUCCGGCCGGUCUCUCCGUGGAGGUCCUCGGGUCUGGAUACCGGGUCCACAGCGAUCCGGAGAGGAGCCUGGUGCUCAUCGAUGACUCGGACUCCUGCAGAGGGAACAUAGUUUUCCAGAACUCGCUGGGAAGGAAAAUUAAAACGCACAAUCUUUGGGAGUACACCAGCACCAGGAAGAGUCUGCUGUCCAAGAGGAUCUAUCUGCUCGUGUCUGCCUGCGAAGAAACUUCCUCAGUGACCAGCAAAAAGGCAGCCAAUGAACCCAGAGUGCUGCAGCGGUAUGUGGUGUCCAUCGAUGGCAACAAUCCUUUCAUCAAGUGGCAGGUGGAGAGAGGCCUGGACUGGACCAUCUCCUCUGUCGCUGGGGAAAGCUACGUGGUAGAUAUUGACUUGACUGAACUAAUGGAGAGCUGGGCAGCAAAAAACCUCACAACAGACAAACUAAUACAGGUCAAACAUGCGUGGAGAGAUGCCACCUUCACUCUUAAAUAUUAUUCUGAUGCCCUCUUUGACUUCCCAUUCUGGUUUGGCUUCAGCAAAAGAACAUUCAAGUUGAGACUGACAUGAGCCAGCGGUGGAUGAAGAGCAAGUCGAGUUUAUCCGUUCAGUUUUUGAUGGGAGUCUGCUUCCUCAAAAAAAAGUUUCUUGAUCAGCAGACGAAUGGUGGUACGCCAACCUGCCAGGUGAAGGAACAGCCUACCUCUUGGGACUGCAAGAACUACCUUUAUAAUUGCUGUUUGGGUCCAGAUAUUUCUACUGUUCAGUGGGUGGAAACCACUAACAAGGACUUACAUGGAAAUUCUGAAUGCCAUGAAGAUUAUUUAGGAAGAUUCUGUGUCGAAAUGGAUUUUUUAAAAACCCAUUUUAUAUGAUUUAUAACUGUUGUAUGAUUGGUUGAAUAUGUUCUACUGCAGAAUCAAAGAUUUGUACACUUUUGUACUUAAAGGUCCAGUGUGUGACAUUUAGGAGGAUCUAUUGGCAGAAAUUGAAUAUAAUAUUCAUCUGUAUGUUUAAUCACCUGAAAAUAAAAAUUGUUGUGUUUUCGUUACUUUAGAAUGAGACGUUUUUAUCUACAGAUGCCGUGGGUCGCCUUCCACUGGCUCUAGAGAGGGCCGUUUGCAUUUUUUGUAAGUUUCACGGCCCCCAUAGUUUCUGCUUCGCCCUUGGAGGUGGAGGUGGAAGCGACUAUACCGCUUGAUGCCACUAAAUCCUACACACUGGACCUUUUUGAAGAUCCCGUCUAGACAUUUACGAAGAUACUGUGUGCUUGGAACAAUAAUGUGUGUCUAUGUUUGUUUGUUUUUUUUACUGCAAAAAAGUACAAUUUCCACAUUAAAAUCCUCAAAAAGG